UGGAUAAUUAUUCAACAGGUAGCAGCAGUAUAUUUAGACGCUUUCCGUUAUUUCUUUUUUUUUACCACUUUGUGGUUCUCUCCGAACAGCUUAUAAAGAUAACGCACAAAUUAAAUGAAAGAGAAAGAGAGUGGGACAUUUAAAUUGCAAAUUUUAUUCAAUUCAUGAUUCAAUACAAUUGUUAGCUUGUUUACAUUUAAUAACAACGGUAACAUUGUAUCUAAUAUUCGACGCAUUUGAAGAAGCUCUUUGACAUCAAUCACACCGUAGUAGACCAUCAGUUGUAUUUAGUAGUCGGUGAGCAGUAGAUUGAAUAAUUUAGUCGUGAUUUUAUUUAAUAUUAAAUUCUAUAAAAUUUUGAAGGUAACGGAUGAAUAAAUUAACUAAACAUAGAUAAUUUAGAUGCAUGUAUUAAAUUAUUCGUUUUUAAUCAAAUUAUGUACUAAAUUGUCUCUGGAACCAUUUUGUUGUCAUUACUAUUGUAUUCAUCCCAUAAAUGAGAAUAACAUGUACAUCACUUUUUUACAUGCUUACAUACAUAUGUAUAUGUAUAUAUACUAAAAGUUCACAUCAGAAUAUAUAUCCAUACUUACAAAAGUAUAUUAUAAAAGUUAACAAAGUAAAAAUCGGACAAUGACGCGCCCAUUCAAUCAUAAAUUAUUGCUCAAUUGUUGUAAUCUCAUUUUUUUGUUCUGUGGAGUGAUGCUUAUCGUUUUUGGUUUCUACCUCUUUAACGACUCAAAACGUAUUCUUCUAUCGCGUCUUCUGGUGACAACAAGCGAGCAACUGAACAGCUUACCACAACCUUUGUUUUACUAUAUUUCCAUUGGUAUUCCUGUAGCGGGAUGUAUAGCAGUCCUUGUCGCCAUGGUUGGAUUUUGGGCUUCCAGCCUGCACACCUACUGCUGCCUAAGUUUGUAUUUUUCAUCAGUGGCCGUGUUACUUCUAGCUGAGUUAUUUGUCUGUCUUGCGAUAACGUUAUGGCCACAUUGUUUGGGCAUCAGUUUGGACGAAUCGAAAAUGGUUGAAGUUCUACAGGGAAACUAUGGUGUGCCUGGAAAAGAGCAAUUCACCAAUGCCAUUGAUUUGGCUCAGGCUCAUUUCGGCUGCUGUGGCAUAAAUAACGAUAUCAACUAUGACACAUCCCUCUGGAAACUGCUAAGUUACGGUCAGCAAGAGUGGGUGGUACCUCUUACCUGUUGCAUUUUACACAAUGCCGAUGAUAAGAUGUCUUAUUUGGAUCCGAAGCCCGGGAAUAUAACUCAGUGUCAAAUGUUGCAAAAAAUGGACUAUGAAAAAAAUCGUCACAAAAUGCCUUGUCUCAAAUACAUAGAGAAUUGGUAUCAUGAACAGUAUACAUUGUUCUUAGAAGUUAGUCUUAUCAUUGCCAUUGUAGAGUUUGGUGUAUUACUCUCCGUAAUUGUAAAUUGUACAAAAAUAGCAAACAAAAGUCUAAAAGAAGAAAAGUUUUUUAAAGGAUUUAGAAUCAGGAACUGGAAAUACAGCCAUCGAACUAAACAAUAGCAGCUUGCCAAACUUAUUUAACGAGGUGUAUAUAAAACCUCGUAACCUGCAUAAACUUCGCUAUACUACCAUCUUUAACCCAAUCGGUAAUGAUUAUAAUACGAAUCUUGAGAGCAUACAAUAAGAAGUAACUAUUUGAGUUGUCUCAUCAAAAUCUUUAAAAAGGUAUUGUUGGAGAAACUAAGCUUUUAUGUUUAUUAUUAUAUUUGCACAGAUGUAUAUACCUUUUAUACUACUCAAACAGUUUUAAAAACAUACAAAUUUGUUAUCUUACUUAAGAAAAAUAAAGUCAUCAUCAGAACUGUCGGAAACCUGGUGAAUACGCUUCCGCUUCUUAAA